AAACAAUCAUGCUUCUGACCCUUACCUCCCAUGUGCUCUUGCUCCCACGCGUUCGUAUGUCCAACUCACAAAUACAAGAUCCACGAAAAAAGAGACAUUCCAUACUGAAAUACAAAUUUUACUCACCCGCCGCAAAUUGUAUGCUUAUUCAGUGCGUCAAAGUACCCAAAAUGUACCUGAAACCAUCAAAUUGAUGGCCCAUAUCCAACAACCCCGGACCCAGGACGCUGCCUCCUUCCCGGCGGCGUGACUAGCCAUCACUCAUCCUUCUCGAGCAACUUCUCACAUCACCACCGCAACCACAUCCACAUAUGACUUGACAGCCAUGCUGUCAUUUUCUCGCACGCGGACGGCAUCACAGAGAAGAAUAGACGGGGAUAUUUCUCCGCCCAAUACGACCUUCACCACCAGCGUCCUUCUCUUCCUCCUUGCCCUUUAUCCCGCACCCGAGACCUCCGCCUUCUUCCUGCCCUCACCAAUCUGCCAAAGUCCCGCCAGCUACAUUGAUAGAACAGGGUCCGCAUGGUCGCUUGUCUCGCCUAGACCACAGUCUUCCCUCUAUAGUUCGGAGAGUAAUAAUACUCCGCAACGUCCCAAACAGAAGAAAGGAGGGAGGGAAGGCUACAACAGGAAUCGACGACGUGAGGAGGCACUAGAUGGCAUGAAGGUCGGCCACCGCUUUGAAAUGGGCUACGACAUCGAGGAGGAAACGGUGCCCCUGGCAGAGGACGAGACGCUGCCCGUGAUCGAAACCAUCGCGUCCGCGGCGGAUAUGCGGAAGGGCGAAGACGUCUUGGCCCUCAGGGUCUCUCGCUUGACCACCGUCUCCUCCUUCUUCGUCCUCGUCUCCGGGAACAGCCGACCGCAAAUUCAAGCCAUUGCU